CCGAAUCGAGAGAUCCUCCCGACAUGGCGGUCUGGUCAAAGCUUGCUGUGCUCCCCGUUCUCGCUGGUCUCGCGUCGACGGCCAUCGCGUCUGCGGUCGACUUGUCCAAUAUCGUUGAAAUCGACGUGCGCGCGAGCGAUCCCUGCACGAAGAUUGCUGGUGUCAAGUGGGCAGCACCAGCGGACGUCCGGGCUUGCUACGUGUCUUUCCCCGUGAACCAGACCGAGAAGGCGAACAUCAUCGAGGUGGUUACGAAAACUCUGGCCUUCCACACCUCCGUGAACUACGAGUUCCUUGCCCCCUUGCCCUUCAGCCUGGAUGUCCAUGAAGAUGUGUUGGGUGACCUGUCCCGUAUCUCCAAGCAGUCCUACAACUCCGAUUUCGACUUGCAUAUCGACCUCAGUAGGACGCUUAAGCGGCUCAUGGACGGUCAUUGCGUCUACAUCAAUGAUUGCUACGACUCCACCUUUGUGACGUACCUGCCUACCCCGCUUAGCGUCCUCACGGACUCCAACGGCCUUCAGUCCAUUCACAUUGCUCCAGAAGCAUUCACUGUUGCUUCCGUGGAGUUCGCCGACGAGAUCCAGGUGUGGCAAGACGCGCUCCCUUGUUCGCUGAAGGGCAAGCUUGCAUCUUUAUCCGGUGCCAAGGUUCUCGCCAUCAAUGGGCUUGAUCCCUGGAUCGCAGUAGACUCCAACGCAGCCAUCGCUGGCUCGUUCCAGGGCUUUGGCACGCGUCAAAACGGCUUCUUCUCCUCCUACAACGCGGCCUCCACCGGCUGGACGUACAUCUUGGGCCAGUUCGCCCAGCAGUCCCUCCCCCUGACCGAUUCGGCCACACUAACGCUUCAGCUGACCAACUCGAGCCGGAUCGUGACCGUGACCCUUCCGUACAGGAGCCGGAUCAAUACCGCCACGGUCAACUUCACCGACUCCGCGAGCUUCCGAGCUAACAAUUGCCGCGCUGUGGACGGCACGAACGGCGAGGAUCUCAACGACAAGAGCGCGAAGCGAUCCAUCGGCGACGACGACAGCGCCGUGAAGCCCGUCGGCAAGUUCCAGCAACAGCCCGCCAUUACCUCGGCUGCGGACAGGAGGAACCAGCCCGUGUCCGUCAUCCUUGACUCUACGCCCCUGCUAGACGUUGCGCUCCCACCCGGACUGACGCCCUCCAACCCGCUCAACGGGUCGAGCGGCGUUGCGCAGUUCUUCUUGCUGAACGACACCGAGAAGACUGGCGUGCUCGCGCUGGGCAGUUUCUCCGCGAGCAGCCUCGUGACGCUGCAGAAUGCGCUGUUAGUGGGACUCCAAGGAUUGAAAAGCCAGGGCGCGACAAGGCUGAUCGUCGACGUGAGCAACAACGGUGGAGGCUUCAUCUGCAUUGCACACUGGCUGCACCGGAUCAUUUCCGGCCCAAAGUCCACUACUGUUCCUCAAGCUGGCCUGGACACCAAGACCCGGGACGGUCCACUCGCACAGUUGAUCGUUCAGAAGAUCGUGGAGAACGAUAAGGAUCCAGAGGGCCAGUUGCUGUACAACCCGAUCAAAUGGACAUUCGCGAACAACACCCCCAUUCCUGCCGGCACAGACUGGCUUCAGCCCCCGGUGAAGACCGUUAUCAACGGCAGGCAAGAUGCCUUCAGCCAGCGCCUUGGGCAAGAAUGCCAGCCCUUCUCCCAGGACCCGCCUGAUGAGGCACUCUUUUCCGCGUCCAACGUCGCCAUCGUCUCUAACGGUCGUUGCGCCUCCUCGUGCUCGCUCUUCUCCAUAACGAUGGCCAAAGAGGAGGGUGCCAAAACAGUCGUCUACGGCGGUAAGCAGUCCAUCCCCCAGCAGUACUGCGGCACCGUCGGCGGCCAGAGCACGGACUUCUCCACCAUCGACACCGAAGUGAAAACCACCGGCCUCAAGAACCACAGCCUCGCGCCUCCUGACUUGUGCGUCUCGCUUCGUUGCAAGAAUGUUGAUUCGGCGAAGUCUGACAGGGCCAUGCGUUGUAGCUUGACCAACAGCGUACAAGGUAUCACUUGGAGAUUGGCAUUCGGCGUGCAGAACACGCAGCAGCCGGAGGAGUGGCAGAAUCAUCCAGCGGACUUCAACUUGCCUUUGAGAGCCGAAACUGUCAACAACCCGAUUGUAAUCUGGGAGGACGUCGCGAGUACUGUAUGGGGAUAAUGUGUCACAACCCCUGCCCCUUCGACCAGAUCAUAAAGGGCAACUUCGAGAGGACAAAACCCAUGGAGGAGGGCAAUGGGUGUCAUCAUCAUGAGCAUAAUAACAAUGACAUGCAUGGGUAAGUAUCAGCAAGACGCUAUCGAGAAGCGCAGGCGUAGAAAAAAUUGUCCACGACGACCAAGAAUAGUCUGAAUCGAGUUACGCGGAGGUUAUCCACGCGCCGCGAAGUGCACUGAAGGGCUCAUCGCCAUGCAUCCGCUGCGGUUUCCUUCAUCUGCAUGUCCCUGCACCUUGCGAUGAAGGGUCACGAUGAAUCUAAAGGGCUUCCCUGCGGGGCCUGCACCUCCAGGACAACGUUUGCACGAUCGGAACCAUGGAUGCAUCUGUAGCUAUGAGCCCGAGCCCCGCAACGUUCUCCCGAUGCCAGCAACGAGCAUCCCUCAAUGCCUAAGUGGACGCGAUGAUAAACAUCACUGAGCCACUGCGGGCACGUCGUCGGGAACACGACACUCGGUCGGCUGAUUUCCUGGUGCGUUGCGUGGCCUGUUAUGGCGGACCCGGCUAGAGUCGAUGUAUAGGAUGGACCCCAGGAGCAGCAUACUCAGACCUUAGCCCACUCGCAAGCCUAGAUGUUUGAGCAUCUGUGCGGGACGAGUAUCGCGGCUUUCGGUCGUCG